AGUCGGCUUCAUGACGCUGACUUUGUUGUGUUAACCCAGUUCGUGUUGUGCUGUGUCGCCAGUGAGAGCUAACUGUUACAUGUCGCAGUGAUGUAGCUCGUAGAAGAAGGACUUUAACCUGCUGUGACCGGCUAACGUUAGCUAACGUAAGCUAAUGCUACAGGGGACCGUCUGUGAAACUACUGCGGCUCCGGUCGUCAACCCGCUAGCUAACUAACUAGCUAGUUACACGCUAGCAGACACGCUGGUGUGAGUUUGCGAUGUGCUGCUGUUUGUUUCUCUCUCCCUGGUCUCGGCUGGUUCUGUAACUCAGCUGCCGGGUGGGAAACUGUUCUCUGUGUGACUGUGGGAAGCAGAAAAACACCGUCCUCCCGCCGUUAAUGCUGGUGUCUCUGUCGUCAGAAGUCAAGCUAAGAUGUGGCAGAGUGUCGGGCUCACGCUGCUGGUCAUUGUGGCCACUCUGGUGUGUGCGCUGCUCUUCAUGCUGUUUGGGUGGUACGUAGUGUGGCAGCUCUUCCUGUCCAAGUUCAAGUUCCUGCGUGAACUUGUUGGGGACACUGGAACCCCCCAGGCCGAAACCCAGCCGUCCGAAACCAAGACUGAACGUACAGCGAACGCCGCAACUCGAAAUCGGCCCAAGACCGCCGCACGCCAAAGAGUCGCCCCCCCAGAGAGCUCCUCAUAGUUCAUCCUGACCUGUCUCACCAUGGCUCCUCGUCAGCCCUCUACAAAUGUCCUGUGUGACCAUCAGAGACAUUUCCCACUGACCCUGUGAACUACACUACACAAGGACCCUCCCCAACCCCCCACCCCCACCAGGACACUUUAAACUGACCAGGCAGAUCUCCUGGCUUCAAAGGGAAAAGCCAUUAAUGUUCACUGCUGUCCAUUUCUUUAUGUUCAUAUGUUUAAUUAUGUUUAAUUAUGUACAGUCACGAGUUCUGAGUCUGAGUCACUCACUGUCCUCUGGUUACCCUGCACCAGGGACGGCCGAGCUGCUUCCUGUCUCCAUCUCUGUGGAGCUGUCUCCUCCUCUGUGGAGCUGUCUCCUCCUCUGUGGAGCUGUGUCCUCCUCUGUGGAGCUGUGUCCUUCUCUGUGGAGCUGUCUCCUCCUCUGUGGAGCUGUGUCCUCCUCUGUGGAGCUGUUUCCUCCUCUGUGGAGCUGUGUCCUUCUCUGUGGAGCUGUGUCCUCCUCUGUGGAGCUGUGUCCUCCUCUGUGGAGCUGUUUCCUCCUCUGUGGAGCUGUGUCCUUCUCUGUGGAGCUGUGUCCUCCUCUGUGGAGCUGUUUCCUCCUCUGUGGAGCUGUCUCCUUCUCUGUGGAGCUGUGUCCUUCUCUGUGGAGCUGUGUCCUUCUCUGUGGAGCUGUGUCCUCCUCUGUGGAGCUGUCUCCUCCUCUGUGGAGCUGUCUCCUCCUCUGUGGAGCUGUGUCCUUCUCUGUGGAGCUGUGUCCUCCUCUGUGGAGCUGUGUCCUCCUCUGUGGAGCUGUGUCCUUCUCUGUGGAGCUGUGUCCUCCUCUGUGGAGCUGUGUCCUCCUCUGUGGAGCUGUGUCCUCCUCUGUGGAGCUGUCUCCUUCUCUGUGGAGCUGUGUCCUCCUCUGUGGAGCUGUGACAAACAGAUGUUUUGAUUCUCCAUGUUCACGUCCUUGUGUAUUUUUGCAGAGGUUCACAGAUAACUAUUAAACUCUGAGCUCGUUUGCAUCAGUUCAACAACUGAAGAUGAACUCAAACCUGAAACUGACAACUUUAUUUUCUUUAAAACACAAUGAAGUGCAAUGAAAGGACGUUUAUGCUGUCAUUUAGUUUUUUCUUGGAACAGUGAACCUCUCUAUGUAUUAUGGAGAUAUUAUAAUAAUAAUUAUUAUUAUUUUUACCAUCUGUGCGCCUCGUAGAAAGAAAAUGCCUUCAAGGAAGAAGACGAAUAACGAGUGAGAUGUGACUUUUUCUGUUUUACCUUUUUAUCGACUCGUACUUGAAGAGUCAGAGGAAGUGUUGAGUCAGCUGAGCGACAGAAGCCCCUCCCUCCCCGUGCCUCUGUCUGUACCUGUGCCUGUCUACAUGGCGUCCACUGUUCGUGACCCGGCCUCAACAGCAGCUUUGUGUCCGUCACAGGACAAAGCUGACCAGGUUUAACCAAUAUGUAUGUGAUAUAGUUUCCCUCCAGGUAUAACAUUUGUGAAUCUGGCACCUUUUUAUCAGCAGUGAUUUGUUUUCUUCAGAGGAGCAGUAGCUUCAAAUAAAUAAUGUCAUGAACAUGUUGA